AUGUCUGAUGAAUCAGAUUACUACUCAGAUGGUUCUGACGCUCGCGAGUCCUCUUCCUCAAAGGCCAGGGCGUCCCAGAAGAAGCUGCCAUUAACAGACGUGUCCCUCAACACAACAACGACAACAACAACAACGCAAGCAACACCAAAGCCGACCAAUGCCUCUGAGACGUAUCAAAAGCUCUCUCAGCUAGAGCAUAUUUUGAAACGGCCAGACACGUAUAUCGGGUCAAUUGAAAAGACUAGGAUGGAAAUGUGGUGUUUCGAUGCCGAGUCGGAACAAAUGAAGUUUCAAGAAGUCACCAUCGUUCCUGGUUUAUACAAGAUCUUCGACGAGAUAUUGGUUAACGCUGCAGAUAACAAGAUCAGAGACCCGGCAAUGAAAAACUUGCGCGUCAAGAUCGACCCGGAAAACAACAUUAUCCAAGUGAUGAAUGACGGAAGGGGUAUUCCAGUGGAGAUCCAUGAAAAGGAGAAAAUUUACAUUCCCGAGUUGAUCUUUGGCAAUUUGCUUACAUCGUCGAACUAUGACGAUGACCAAAAGAAAGUCACUGGUGGAAGAAACGGGUUUGGUGCAAAACUAUGCAACAUCUUUUCCACCGAGUUUGAAGUUGAAACCGCGGAUUUAAACACGGGCAAAUUGUACAGGCAAACAUGGACUGAUAACAUGACCAAAGUCGUCAAGCCGAAAAUCACGACAUUAAAGACGAAAAAGGAAUACACCAAGAUCACUUUCAAGCCCGACUUGAGCAAAUUCGGCAUGGACAGUUUGGAUGAGGACUUGUUAUCGGUUUUGCGGAGAAGAGUUUAUGACUUGUGCGGCACAGUUAAAAGCUGUAACAUAUAUUUAAACGACAAGAGGCUAUCUGUUUCGAAUUUCAAGAGCUACGUGGAAAUGUACGUCAAGGCCAUUAAGGAAAAAAGCUCGGAACCUGUAGAAGAUGGAGUAGGAGAUGGGCCCAAAAACAACACAACAAUUGUUCACGAGGUGUUUAACGAUCGAUGGGAAGUAGCUUUCGCUGUGAGUGACGGUACUUUUAAUCAAGUCAGUUUUGUCAACUCCAUCGCUACGACAGCAGGAGGUACUCAUGUGAAAUACGUGGCGGACCAGAUCAUUUCGAAAUUGGUGGAAACCUUGUCCAAGAAAGAAAAGGGCAAAAAGAAACUCAUGAUCAAGCCAAACGAAGUUAGAGACAACAUGUUUAUCUUUAUCAACUCGCUUAUUGAAAACCCGGCAUUUACCUCACAAACAAAAGAGCAGCUAACAACAAAGCCGUCGCAGUUUGGAGGCAAGGACAAGUUUGUUGCUUCGGAUAACUUAAUCACCAGAAUAUUAAAGACUGGAAUCGCCGAUAAAAUUCGCGCUAUUGCCAAUGCCAACGAAGACAAGGCGUUGCAAAAGGCCGAUGGAAGCAAGAAACUGCGGAUCAAGAAUCAGGUCAAUUUGGUCGAUGCCAAUAAAGCAGGCACAAAAGACGGGCUCAAAUGCACCUUGAUCCUAACGGAAGGAUUGUCGGCUUUGAAUUUGGCUGUGGCUGGUUUGAGUGUGAUUGGUCGCGACUACUAUGGCUGCUUCCCCUUGAGAGGUAAAUUGUUGAAUGUACGUGAAGCUUCUGCUGACCAAAUAUCUAAAAAUGCAGAAAUAAACGCUUUGAAGCAGAUUAUUGGUUUACAGCACAAGAAGGUUUAUACCCAGGAGAAUAUCAAGUCGUUGAGGUAUGGCCAUAUCAUGAUUAUGACUGAUCAAGAUCAAGAUGGUUCGCAUAUCAAAGGCUUGAUCAUUAAUUUUUUGGAAACCUCAUUUCCCGGGUUAUUGGAUGUCCCCGGAUUCUUGCUCCAAUUCAUCACCCCCAUUGUCAAGGUCACGGUCAAAGGCCGUGGUGCCAAGAAGGUGAUUCCAUUUUAUAGCAUGCCCGAGUUUGAAACCUGGAGAGAAGACGAAGGUGCUCGAUGUCGUUGGACCCACAAGUACUACAAAGGUUUGGGUACUUCGACUCCCAUCGAGGCAAGAGAAUACUUCACCGCUUUGGACAAGCAUUUGAAACGAUUCCAUGCUUUGCAAGGCGAGGAUAGUAGCUGCAUCGAUUUGGCUUUUUCGAAAAAGAAAGCCGACGAUAGAAAAGAUUGGUUGCAGAAUUACAUCCCAGGUGAAACCCUCGAUCCCGAGAUUGCCGAAAUCCCAAUUAGUGACUUUAUCAACAAGGAGUUGAUUCUAUUUUCCAUGAGCGAUAACGUUCGAAGCAUCCCUUCAGUGCUCGAUGGGUUGAAGCCGGGGCAGCGGAAAAUCUUGUAUGGCUGCUUUAAGCGUAACUUGAAAAGUGAAAUCAAGGUUGCACAAUUAGCCGCGUACGUCAGUGAAAACACGGGAUACCACCACGGAGAAGCGUCGUUGAUUCAAACCAUCAUUGGCAUGGCCCAGAAUUUUGUUGGUUCCAACAACAUCCACGUGUUGAAACCCAAUGGUGCUUUCGGUUCUAGAGCCACUGGUGGUAAGGAUGCAGCAGCAGCGAGAUAUAUUUUCACCGAGUUGAACGAUAUCACAAGAACCAUCUUUAACCCCGCUGACGAUCCUCUUUUCAACUAUAUGCAAGAUGAUGAAGAUAACGUUGAGCCACAGUGGUAUUUGCCCGUAGUGCCCAUGCUUUUGGUCAAUGGAACAGAAGGUAUUGGCACCGGGUGGUCCACCAAUAUCCCAUCUUACAACCCCAGAGAUAUCGUUGCCAAUCUCAAGAGACUCAUGAACAACGAGCCGAUGCAAGAGAUGUUGCCAUGGUAUAAAGGCUGGACGGGAGAGAUUGAAAAAAUAGGACCGCAAAAGUAUAAAGUCAGCGGGAGGAUUGAGCAAAUCAACGACAAUACGCUUGAAAUCACGGAGAUCCCAGUUAAAACGUGGACAAACUCGGUCAAGGAGUUUUUGCUCGCGGGUUUUGGAACUGAAAAGACCCCCGCUUGGAUCAAAGACAUGGAAGAGCAGCAUACAACUUCGAUUAGGUUUAUUGUCAAGUUGUCCGACGCGGAAAUGGCCAAGUCCUUGAGCAUGGGAUUACUCGAGCGGUUCAAGUUGGUGCUGACUAUCAAUUUAUCCAACAUGGUUGCAUUCAACAGUCACGGCAGCUUGAAGCGGUAUUCGUCACCGUUGGAGAUCCUUGAAGAAUAUUACUACGUGCGAUUGGAGUUCUAUAUGAAGAGAAAGGAACAUCUUCUUCAGAUCCUCCUGCACAAGUUGAGCAUGAUUAGUGAGCAAGCAAGAUUCAUCAAGAUGAUUAUUGAAAAACAGUUAUCGGUUGCCAACAGGAAAAAGAAGGAGUUGGUUCAGUUGCUUGAACUGCACCUGUUUGUCAAGUUCACCAAAGAUGGCAAACCAGUUGAGCAGCCCGUGUUUGUUGAUGAAGAAGAUAGCGAAGACGAGGAGAUUGAAAAGGCAGGCGAUGUCUCGGCGUUGAAUCUUAAGGAAGUCAAUACCAACCCUGAGGGUGAACAUCGUCCAGAUUCUUUAUUCUCGUCGUACGAGUACUUAUUGGGGAUGUCACUUUGGUCGUUGACUUUUGAAAGAUACCAGAAGUUGCUUCAGGAAAAGGGCAAGAUUCAAGAACAAUUGGAGAUUUUGAUUGGUAAAAGCGAGACUGAUUUAUGGAGAAGUGACCUUGAUGAUUUCAUGGCAGGGUACGAGUUGUUCUUGGAGAAGGAGGAACAAGAGCGUGAGAAUUUAGGCAGUGGGUCCAAGGGAAAUAAGGGCAGUAAGAGAAAGAGAGCCAAAGCUGAACCUAAGCCAGCAGCCAAAAAAGUGAAAAAGGAAGUGGAUUUGGUUGGCGAGACUGCAACUUUGGAAACACCACCACCUACUGCCGCUGCUGUCGCAAAAUCUGUCAAGCCCGUAAUUAAAACCGAAGCACCAGCUGCUAAACCUGUCAAAGCUUCAUCUUUGGAAACAACCACCAAACAACAAGAGACCAAGCCCAAAGAUGGCAUCUUGUCGUUCUUUUCACCUUUGUCCAAGACACCGGUCUCUUCCUCGGCUGCAACUUCUACGAAGAAAAAAUCAGUCUUUGACAUGGUAGAUGACGACGGUGAUCUCAGUAUUGAUUACGAUGAUGAUUUAGUAGAAGUGGCAUCUCAUGGCCCCACGGUGUCUUCAUCCAAGACAUCAAAAGCAUCGUCAUCUUCUUCAUCUUCUUGUGCUUCGUCAUCUUUUUCAUCGAGUGCACCUAAAUCGGCACCUAAAUCCAAAAAGCAAAGCAAAAACUCCAUUCUUGACGAGUUGGAUGAUUUAGAUAUCAUGGGUGAGAAAGCUCCAGUAUUGGAAAGUAGAAGCAGGAGAGGAGCUAGAAGUGCUAGUCCACUGAACGAGACGACUAGACAUCGAAAGACGAAAACUGUCACUAUUUUUGAUAGUGAUGAGGAAGACGAUGACGAUGACAUCAGCGAGACUGCCACUAGAGAUGACGAUGACGACGAUAGCUAUGAGGAGGAAUAA